CCUACUAUGAAAAUAUAAAAUGGCGCUGUGCUGUUGAGGCUGUCGCGCAUGUGUUUUAUUUACUCGCAAUGGCAAAAUCUUUAAAUGAUUUCUUACCAAUUUUCGAACGUUUAACAAAGAAACCUGAAGAUUAUUUGAGUGUUCAGGAUAGUGUUGCUGCGGAUGUGAGGGAGUUCCUGAAGGUGCUCUAUGACUUCACAAAGUGUAUGGAGGAUGGCCUGCCAUCUGGUGAUGCUCUACCAGAAUUGAUUAUACGAGGGUUUGAUGAGGAACAGAUCUGGCAGGAACUGGAGCUACAGAAUGAGGGGCGGAGUCAAGGUUUGAUGUCCGAUGUGGCAACCCUUGUGGCUCAGAAAUAUCUGCUGAAGUUUCCUUUUAUACUGAAGAGUGAAGAGAGCAUGACUGAUGAUGGGGAGUUGCAGACAGAUGGUGACCUAGCAUCAGCAGCAGACAGUGAGACAGAUAUAUCGGCUGUCAUGGAACCCGAAAUGAAGAAAUCCAAAGGUCAGCAGACAGAUGAUGGCCUAGCAUCAGCUCCAGACAGUGAGACAGAUAUGUCGGCCUUCAUGGAACCUGUGAUAAAGAAAUCCAAAGUGCAGCGCUGUCCAUCAGUAGUGGAUGAUCAGUUCUUCAAGUUGAGCGAGUUGGAGUGUUUCCUGGAGCAUGAGGACAAGCGUGAGGCAGGCCAACACAGCGGCAGCAGCGAUGAAUCUGUUGACUUAUUUCAGCCAUUGGAUGAUGAUACUGAUGAAGAGGCUGAGGGUCCACACUAUGGAGACUUCUUUGAUGCCCCUCUUGAAGGUGGAGAGGUCCAGAACCUGCGGGAUGAGAGUGACUCAGACUGGAUGGAAGUGGGAGAGAAUGAUGAAGAUGCAGCAGAUGGGAAGUUUGAUGCAGAGGAGGAGAUCUAUACCAAGAAAGUUCGGUUUCAUGAGGCAAGAAUGUUUGACAAGGAGAAUGAAGCAGAGGAAGCCAAGUCGAGUCUGGAGAGGAGGCAGGAGCGUCUGCGGGCAAGGCUGGACGAUCUAGAGGAACAGGCAUUGGCAGAGAAGCCUUGGCAACUGAAAGGCGAGGUCUCUGCUUCUGCUCGGCCACAGAACUCGCUGCUAGAAGAAGUGGUGGAGUUUGACCUGACCAUGAGACCAGCCCCUGUGAUCACAGAGCAGACCACAUUGCAGCUGGAGGACAUUAUCCGACAGCGAGUGAAAGAUCGGGCUUGGGAUGAUGUCGAAAAGAAAGUGAAACCUGUGGAAACCCCUAACGAGUAUAAGAAGAAGCUUGUUCUAGAUCAUGAAAAGAGCAAACUCAGUCUUGCCCGGAUCUAUGAGCAGGACUACAUUAAGCAGCAUGAAGCGCAGGAAGCAGCUCCUCAGGACGGGCAGCCACAAGAGGAGCCACCCGAACACCAUACAGUGCGGAUCAUGAUGGCUUCUGUGUUCUCAAUGCUGGAUGCACUGUCUAAUUUCUAUUUCACACCUAAACCACCGGCCCCAGAAGUGAAGAUUGUCAGCAACAUACCAGCCAUUAGCCUGGAAGAGGUCGCACCUGUGGCAACCAGUGAUGCAGCCCUCCUAGCACCAGAAGAGGUGCAAGGUCGACUGAAAGGUGAUUUGAUUGGCAAGGCUGAGCGUACAUCUUCUGACAAGAAGAGAGAACGUCGACACAAGAAAGUCAGACAGAGGGAACGACAGCGUGACAGAGAUAAGAGGGAACGAGCAGUUGAGAAGUUGCGGCCAGGCCUGGGGAACAAGUACAGUAAGGCUCAGGCAUUGCGAGACCUGGAGAAAGCCACAAAGAACAGCAACAUGACACAGGUUGCUGAGAAGCCUCAUGCAAAGGCCAUUCGGUCGUCAUCAGCAUUCUUCAGCCGUCUGCAGGAUGAAGUGAGGAGCCAUAUCAAGAUGAAGACUGCAGGUAGCAGCCAGGGUCAACAGAAGGAUGUUAGGUCUGCCAAGAGAAUGAAGUUGUGAUGUGCGUUUUGCAUCACACUGGCUCCUUUUGUAGCAUCUCGGGACUUACAGCAGGUCGAUCACGCAGGCCGAGUUUGUUGUUACUUCUGUAUAUAAAUUAAAUUGGUUGAAUGAA